AAUGGUUAUAAUAAUCAAUCAAUAAUAAUAUAUGAUCAUAAAUGUGAUGAUAGGAAUAUUCAUGGAUAUCCACUUUGUCGUCUUUUACCAUCUGUAAUAAAUGAUGAAAAUGAUUUUAUUUAUCGUAUUGAAACGGAUAGUGAAGUGAAAAAUUUAAUUGGUGUUAUUGAUUUUUGUUCCGAAUUAGGUGGUUAUCCAAUUUAUGCAAAUAAUGCUUAUGAAUGGCAAUUAAUUCAAGGUAUUUAUAUCAAAUUUAUUGUUUUUUGUUUUAUUUUAUAA